AUGGAUGAAAUUAUCCCAGGUCUAUGGCUUGGACCUAUGCCAUUUGCAGAAAAUAUUGCAGUCUUAAAAAGAAAUGAAAUAUUUACAAUACUAACAAUUGAUAUUCUACCAUUAGACAGUGAUGUAUUCAAAGGAUUUAACAUGAAAUUUUUAUAUUUACGCGAUGAACCAUCUCAAGAUUUAUUAGAAAUACUUGAAGAUGCUUUAAACUUUAUUGAUAAAAGUAUAAAAAGUAAUUCGAAUAUUUUAGUUCAUUGUGCAAUGGGUGUAUCACGCAGUGCUAGUGUUGUUAUCGCUUAUAUUAUGCGUCAAAAUCAUUUAUCCUAUGAAGAAGCUUAUCAUAUUGUUUCAAGAAAACGGAGUAUUUUUCCAAAUAAUGGAUUUAUUAAUCAGUUAAAAUUAUUUCAUACUAUGAAUUGGACUGUCAAUCGUGAUUCUUCAUUAUUUCAACAAUAUAUGACAAAAAGAAGUUUAUCAGUUUUCACGGAAUAUAAUGGUGAUAUUUUAAAUAAUCAAACUGUUCCUCAAUUGUGCACUACACCAUCAAGUUUUAAAUGUAAAAAAUGCAGACAAGUAUUAUUCAAUUCGAAUCAGUUACGUAUUCAUCAAAAACCAGAAACAACACCCAAUCCUCUUAUAAAUUCUACUAAAUCUAAAAACGUUAAUAAUGUGUCUAGUGUUUUAAUCAAAGGUGUUUCAUUGAAUAAUUCUCCUUUACAAUGUGAUAAAGAUGAAUUAUUUUGUGAUCCAUUGGAUUGGACACAGCAUAAUACUAGUGAUGUUGAAGGAAAGCUUUAUUGUCCUGGAUGCAAUGCAAAAGUUGGUUCUUUCAAUUGGUGUGGUGAACCAUGUGUAUGCGGUACAUGGGUAGUUCCAGCAUUUCAUUUCAAUCGUAAUCACAUUGAUCGUGUACCGAUUCGUUCAAGCAAUGUGACUGUGAUUUCAUCGAAAUUUGUCGAAGACAAUAAUGAUAAUAAUUCUUCCGCUGCUGCUGAUUCUGGCCGGAAAGAAUCAUAA